AUGGAUGCCACUGCUAGUGGGCCCUCGAGCGUGCAAUAUCACAACAUUACCGAGCAAGCAAUCUCCUCCCUUUCCCCUCAGCCCAUAAUAGCCCACACGAGGCAAACCCGUCAUUGUUUCGGUAAUGUGGGCCCAGGAGAGUUCCCUUUGUCCGCAAAUCCCUCAAUCGUCCUUCAUGUCCUCACCGCGUGCAAUCUCGACCCGCAAGACCUUGCCAAACUUGAGGCGACAUGUUGGUUCUUUAAACAGCCCGCGAAUUUUUCGCCCGAAAACGAGCUCUCAUUGGCCGAGCUGGCGGCACUCGACAUGUGCCGCAAACGGGCCGUGUUUAAAUCGAUGACGAUCGAGCAAAGCCAAGAUUUAAAGCAAAUGUGUGGAGGCUCUUGGAAAUUGGUCUUGAGGUACUUAUUGGCUGGUGAGUUGUGUUACCGAAGGGAGAAGGCCCAGGCAAUUGCGGGCCCGGGCCACAGUCUUGUUGUGACUAAUGGUGGAAGUGUGUAUACGUUCGGUUCCAACAGCUCAGGGCAGCUCGGGCAUGGGAAUACAGAUGAGGAGUCACGUCCUCGUCUGAUUAGGUCUCUUCAAGGGAUUCGUAUUAUCCAUGCAGCUGCGGGGCCCAGCCGAACCAUGCUAAUUAGCGACACUGGCCGAGUUUACGCCUUCGGAAAAGAAUCUUUCGGAGAAGCCGAGUACACUAUCGAAGGGAACAAUAACAAUAUGAUCACGACCCCUCGGCUCGUCGAUUCUUUGAAAGAUAUAUUCGUCGUGCAAGCCGCUAUGGGAAAUUUCUUCACAGCUGUUUUAUCCAGAGAGGGAAGAGUACACACAUUUUCUUGGGGUAAGGAAGAAAAACUCGGCCAUCAGAUGGAUCUUAAUGAUGUGGAGCCCCGCCCUUUGUUGGGCCCGCUCGAGAAUGUUCCGGUUGUUCAGAUAGCAGCUGGCUACUGCUACCUUCUUGCUCUCGCUUGUCAGCCUAGCGGCAUGCCCGCGAAUGUGUUGACCCCUCAGCUCGUGACUUCCCUAAAGCAAAUAAAUGAAAAGGUGACAAAGGACAACUUGGAGUCGAGCUCGGCCCGGAUCAUACCGAACGGGCCAGCCCAGAUCGGGUUGAUAUAA